GGCUCUGAUUAUAGAGAGCUUUGAAGGGGAAAACAGGUUUUCAGAAUCUUCUGUGCCUUUCUUCAGCUCCUUAUGUCAACUGAUCUACGAAUUCGUCUACCUGCUCUUGUAUUCAGAUGGUCCCCUCGACACGGCCUCGUCUAGUUCUUUGUCGCUGACGCAAAUUGGCGCCUUUUUCAAUUCUCUGUUUGACUGCGAGUUUCCGCCCCACGUUCCGGUUAGGAGCGCGAUAAAGUACUUCGUCUCCAUGUUUGUGGACGUGUGCUUUGUCAUAGACACGUUAUGGGCGGACUCAUCCAAGUCCGUUAGUUUGAGCAAGUUGCACGGAAUGAUUGCCUAUUUGAAGAACCAGCAGAUCUUGCUUCGCGAGUUGUUGUUACCCAGGUUCUCCUUUGCCAGCAUCUCCAGUAUUUUUCGGUACAAGGAGAGCGUGGUCAACCGCCUUUACUUGACCACCAACUCACAAAAAUUUUUUAUGCAAAACAAGUACAACUUGUUCCGCGAAGAAAACGAGGGAUACGCGAAGCUGAUCACCUGGCUGUGGGCCCACCCUGACGCCAGUUGCUCGGAUUUGAAGAAGGACAUUUUGCUGUUUAUCGGCUACUUUCAGCUAGAUCCAAACCGAGUGCUGGACAUUGUCAUUUUUUUUUACAAGUGUCACUUGGACAAAAUUUACAAUUCGGGCGAGGAGUUUAUCGAGGAGCCGGACAAAAUAGAGAAAAUUCAACAGGUCACUCAGAGUUGGAACGAGUUGCUCAAAUGGUACCCGAAGCACCACCUCAUACGGGUCCUCGGGUUCAAUUUUCAGGGCCAUCAGAAUACCAGCCUUUUCGAGCCCUCUCGCACCUCUCUGUUCCGAGUAGCGGCGCAUUUGAUCGAAGACGGAAUUGUGCCUUUGGAGCAUGUGUACGCGUACUUGGCACCUUCCUCUGAAGAGCUCAUUCGGAGCACCGAGGAGUUCGAAAAAACGGCAAAGCAGCUGUCUACCGCGCGGGCCGGAGAGAUUCAGCACUGGAUAGCCUCUUCGGAACAGGAGCGGGCUUUCCUGACGAACCAGAAGUACCUGUUGCUCGAGGCGAUGUUGAAGUUACCGAGAAAAGACGUCACUUCUGCGUGGAACGAGAAUUCGCUGACCAGAAAGCUGUUUGACUUGUUGUCCCACACUUGUCCCACGCGCUAUCCCCCGAUCGCGAAGGGCAUCGCGCGCAUUCUGAGGGCCGUCGUUGAGCCCACUUAUCAAAAAAUAAGUCUGCCCAACUGCUUGUUUGCCAAGCCCGGCUCGCCCGUCACGCUGGCCUCGCUGAUCAGUCUGGUCGAAGAAACGGACCCGUUUUUGAACUUGCUGGAGGUGCGGCUGUCGGUCGACGCGAAUUUGUGGACCGUGUUGUGCAGAAUUUACAAGACUCUGUUGACGAAGCUGCUAGAGAGAGUGCAGAAGCUCGAACACCAACCCGACGACCAACCCGCCGCAUCGCCCUCGGACGUCAGCCUGCAAGAAUGCGCUCGGAUCCUCGCCAAGCUGGAAGACAUCCUGACUCGUAUCAUGCUGCCCUCCAUGAGCCUUCUGAAGGCGUCUGCCUCGUUUGAAAUCUGGGAGAUUCUCAAAAAGUACCCGUACAUAGACCGGUACAGGAUGUAUUACAAGUGGCACACGCUCACGAUCUACCCCGAGCUGAACCUGUUUCGCGCCUACCUGACUGACCAGAUAAAGAGGCUCAUGCGCCGCACGACGACCGACAACGUCAAGACCAUAGGGAAGCAGCUCGGGAGGCUGGCCAACAACUACCCCCACCCGAUUUUUCACGUCAUUUUGCAGCAGGUGCAAUAUUACGUCAACUUAAUUCAGCCGAUCGUCGAGUGCCUGAAGUACUUCACCGCCAUCAGCUACGACGUUUUGACCUUUUGCAUGUUGGAGUGCCUGGCCAAGCCCCGGAGGUCGGUCAAGUUGGACGGCACGCACACGGCGGGGUGGCUGACCUAUUUGUCGGCGUUCAUUGGGUCCAUAUACAAAAAGUACGGGUACAAGUUGGAUUUUGUACCCAUUUUGGACUACCUCGAGAAGCGGUGUCGCCAGAACAACGUGGCUCACUUGCUCGUGUGGAAGGAGGUUCUCGUGCGCACUGGGUGCGUGCAGCUCCACGAGGAGGCGUACGACGAGCAGCUGCACAUGUUGAAUGCUGGUCCCGGCAUGGCGAAGUUGGCGCUGUCUGGCGUCUUGCAACAGAACGAGAAGGCCAAGUCGAGCAUUUCGCCGCUCCUCGACGCGCUGAUUCAGCGGCAUUCCUGGCUCCGACUGUACUUGCUGAUCGCGCAGCAACAGACUUGUUCGCUGUACGAGACGCACGAGUCGAACUUGAGCGUGCUCAGCACGACCUUCGACCAGGUACACGAGAUAUUGCUCCUGUUCGCCGAGUUCAUCAAGCAGCACAUCUUCACCAAGAAGGCGUUCAUGCGGCAGUUCGCAAGCCACUCGCCGCAGAACGUAGUCGAGUUGAUUAGGGACCACGCCGUCGAGCCGGAGACCAUUUUUUACCUGUACAGGGGCUUGCUGCCGAGCUUGUACCAGGACGUUGGCGACUUGCGCUCGAGGGCGAGGUCGGACGAGGCCGUCCCGAGCAGGCGCUUGUCGAAGGAGAUAGGGCAGAUAGUGCAGCUGUCUGAGGAGGGCGAGUUUUGCAUCAAGCAGGUGGACGCCGAGUCGUUGGCGAGGGCGGCGAGGAGGGCGUACCCGUCUUCGAUGCACGCGGACUUGUUCGUUGCGUUUUGGUCGCUUUCGCUGCAGGACGUGUACUUUCCGGAGUCGGUGUACGAGGCGCACUUCGCUGGGUUGAGCGCGUCGGCGCAGGAGGUGCAGUGCUUGGUGGAGAAGAGGGUGUUGUUGGCCGAGCAGGCGAAGCAGGUGGCGCACGUCAACAACAUAGUCAAGAAGCUUGAGCUGUCAAAGGGGACGUGGUUUAGAGUGCGCCACAGAGACCACCCAUUCACCCGGUCGUCGUUGGUGUGCCCGUUGUUCAACGCGACGUUGUUCUUGCAGCACUGCGUGAUACCGCGGUGCCGGUAUUCGGCGGAGGACGCGUUGUUUUGCUUCGAGUUCGUGAAGUUGUUGCACAGGUUGAGGCCGCCGGGGUGGGAGACCGUGGCGUUUUUCGAGCAGUUGUUCGCGUUCUUGCCGCUCGUGGUGGGUUCGAGCACGGAGUUGGAGGUGGAGAGGAAGGAGCCGCCGUUUUUCAAUCGCUUGGCGAUGAUUUUUUUGACGCGGACGUCCGAGGUGUUUCCGACAUACCGCUGCUUCGCGGAGAGGUUGGCGUUUUUCGUCAAGAAGUUAUCGAGUCAUCCGGAGAUGAAGACGAUGGCGAGCCGGUGCAACAUGAUUCUGCAGGGUCACUUGGAGGGCAUGCGAGACGAUGAGCAGUUGUCGAGGGAGUACCCGGAGUUUGAGAUACCGUGUUCUCCGAAGGAGUCGCCGACGAGGUUGGCGGAGGGGGGGGGAAAUGCGAACAGGCGAGCGAGCGUGCAGGGCAGUCCGAAGCGGUCGGAGGAGGAGGAGGAGGGAAAGUUGCAUUCCGAGGAGCGUUCGGCGACGGGGGAAUUGGUCGACGGCGAUUUUCAGGAGUCUAGUUCUGCGGCGUCACUGGGUUCGCAGUUGGCUGCAAAGGCGAGCCGAGACCAGGUUGCGCAGGCCGGAGGAGACGUCUCGGAGAAGUUGGUCAGACGCCACGCGUCGGAUUCGGCCUCGUCUUCGCUCGACGCGCCGCCCGAGAGCGCGCGCGUGCCGAGUCCGAGCAAGUCCGGCAAGGCGCAUGCUCGGGAGGCCAAGGGCGCUGCCGAGGGCCACGAUGUGGGUGCAGGCGGUCGUCAGGAUCGAAUGCGCGUUUUGCACCGAGGCGAACACGACAACCGGACUUCUUCGAAGAGGGCGGCGCCCUGCUCAGAACCGGUGUCUGCCGCCCAGCCGGAGGGUGCCCCGGACUUGCAGAGCUCGACCGGCAACGCGCGCGCGAAGGGCAAGCCGGUCUCGCCGUCCGUCGUCGCGCGGACCUCAGAGGAAAAAGCGGUUAGUUCGGCGGGCGCGAAGCAUUCGGCGCACUCCAGCGCCGCUCCGCCGAGCAUCUCGAACGACGGCCCGGAGUCGAAGCCCUCCGUCCAGCCAUCCAGCAACUCCCCCAUUCAGGCGGAUCUCGACGCGAAGGGCCCAGACGGCCCGCGGGGACUAAAGCGAAAGCGCGACUCCGAAAAUCUCCCGGGAGACAAAAAAAGCAAGCAGUCCGACGGAACCGCCGGAGACGAGUCGAACAAGCCCGAGGCCCCCGCCGGAACCGGCUCGAAGCACCCGAAAAAAGCAGCUCACGGCGAUGAGCAACACCCAGACGACAAGGCGGCCAAGUCGGCGGCCACAAACGCGCCGAAACCAAAAGAAACCCCAGCUCACGACUCCAAAGACUCGAAGACCUCCUCGACUUCCUCCUCGCGCCACAUGAAGGAAAUCCACUUCGGACCCGUGAUGCCCCCCCACAACGCCCCAAGCAACGAAAAGGGCGGCGACAAGAAAUACUCGUCGUCGGCGAGCACCGAACACUCGAGGAACUUCGGCCAAGGCGCCGGCAAGGGCUCGAGCGACCCCUCGUCCAAGUUCGCGCGCAAGCCCGGGUUCGACGGCGCGCGACCCGACGCCAAGUCCUCCAGCUCGGCGGGCGUCGACGGGAAAAGAACCGGCGAAAAGUCCGGGGGGUACCGGAGGGAGUCGAGGUACUCCAACAAUCCGGACAACAGCGCUCGGGGCGACAGGACGAACCGAAUCAGCUCACACUCAAACAACGAAAACAGAGGCCACUCUUACAAAGGAAGGGACUACGACGGCAACAAUAACCAAUUCUCAAGGAGGUGA